AUGAAUAAAAUAAAAUAUUUAAUUGUUUUUUUAUCUUUUUUUAUAAUUUUUGUUAAUUCUCAAUCAUCAUCAUUAGUAUUAAUUGAAUAUUAUCAAUAUAGAGAAGUAUGUUCAAUUAAAGAUUUAGGGUAUACAGAACCAUCAACACUUUGUCACAAUAAUACAUUACUUUCAAAAUCAAUAGUAAAGCAAUCAGAAUGUAUAGUUUUUCAAAUGGAACCUGCAAUUUUUACAUAUGAUCCCAAUAAUAAUCAAAUUGUGCAAAAGAUUUAUUCAGAUAUAGUUUGUAAAGACUAUGUAGAUUCGAAAAUCCAUAUAAUAGGAUCUUGUAAUUCAACAUGUAUGGUGGGCGAUGGUCUUAUUUAUAAAAUGUCUUUGGUGGAUCAAGUGGAGAUUCCUAGUUCAACAUUAGUAUCAGUAAUCUAUGGUGACAAAUGUAAUAAAAUAUUUAAAAACUCAUUUCUAGAAAUUGAUUAUCAAUAUUUAAAUAAUUGUCAAGUAGAUUACGAGGUAGAACCAAUCUACUCAGUUAAAACCUAUUGUAACGAAACUUUCAUAACAAGUUAUAUUUAUAAUGGUUCACUUUGUUCCGGACAAACAACAAAUAUAGAAUAUUACCCAAUAGUCAAUAUAUGCUCAACGCCAGAUAGUCCACUAAAUUUUAUGCAAUUUUGUAAUAAUUAA